AUGAAGCUGAUCCUGUCUCUCACUGUCAUCUGGACUCUCUCCAGCACAGCUGAAGCUCUUCAGUGUUGGCAUGGUACAGGAGAUACAAAGGAGUUACGUCCAUGUAAUUCCACUGACAUGUGUGCAUCUGUUGGCAUACAAGUAAAUGUGAAUGGGAGUGUCCUUCUCUACCACGGCAGGUUUUGUGUGCCAUCAUCCCUUUUCAGUGAAGGAAACCACAUCAUUUCUCUGAGUACUGGUGUUGUAACUGAAUCUGUGUCUGUUCAUGUGUGUAACACAGAUGGUUGCAAUGAUGAAGCCAUCAUUUUCCCAGGUAUUCACGAUAACAACCUGCAGUGUUUCACCUGUGAUGAUCCAUCUUCUGAUGUGUGUAAGAUGACACUACAGUGUGUGGGAGUGCAGGACCGCUGCCUUAGUGGGACUGUGAAAGGUUCUGGGAACACAACAGUUCAUACUGUGGGAUGUAUCUCUGCAAACCUCUGUGAAGAAACUUCUGACUUGGAGUACCUCCUGGGAGUUGAAUUCAUUCGUGGACCAAAAUGUUGUGGAAGCAGCUUCUGUAACUCAGCCUGGUCUGUCAAACUGAAUGUGAUGACUUUGCUGUUUGGGCUCAUUACCCUUAUCUUCUAUUAGAACAAAGAGAAACAGCUGUGUAGUGUGUGAAUAAGCCAAAUACAUCUAUUAUCUUCUCAGUCAUUUACACAGUGAGAUGUCUUCAACAGUUUGAAUGUUUUAACUUGGUAAAUAAUUAUUUUAACCAUAACUGCAGCAUCCCAGUAAAAUAAAGUUAGCUCAUGAUAA